UCACGCAGCAGCUCAGACCUCAGCUACUCGUCCACCACCUCCUCAUCCCUCCGCUUUCGUCCGCUCAUCAUCGUCCGCAAGCCUUCGUCUAGGCCAAGCACCACGCAUCACGUGCUGCGGGGCUGUGUCAGAAGUCGACCUCGCCGCGCCUCGAGCCGCCGGCGCGCCGCGCUAAGCCGCGUCAAGCCUGCAUCUCGAGCUGCGAAGCCACGCGUCCUUCGCUUCGCUCCACCUCAGCCCCUCCUUCUGCUCGAGGGCGAGCACACCCUCCUCCUCCUCGCGGCCCUGGCCGCAUUCGCGCCUUCGCGCGUCGAGCUGCCUGCUGCGCUGCUCUAACCAGUGCCAGCGCAUUUCGCUCGCAGCCCUUCUCGCUCGCGCAUCGCUCGCGCAUCGCUCGCGCACCGCACGUCACGCAUCGCGCUCUUGUAUGCCCUCGACUGUGCGUCUGCCAGGCGAAACAGCAAGUCAGAAGAAGGCGCGCAUCGACGAAGAGUGCCGCCAGCUGCGGGCAAUCGCACCGGAGCGCAGAACUACCGCGCAGCGCGCCCGCAUCAAACUGCUGCGUGCGAGCGGACGGCUGAAGAUGCAGGCCGCCGCGGGCAUGGACGCGGCGGAUCGUCCAGCUCGUGCCUCUGCCUCCUUCGGCAUGGGCACGUCAAGCGCAGGACGUCCUCCUCCUCUCGCGUCCUCCUCGAAGGUGCCUCUCGGGCCUUCAGCGAAGACGGCGCCGCUUCCCUGGAAGCUGACCCAUCCGUUGCUUCGCCCGGUGGACGCUCCUCCCGGUGCUGGCGUCGGCGUCUUAUUCGCUGCGACUUUUGCGGCGCUUCCCGCCAACUUCGAGCACGUCGGCAACAUAGUUGCAGCUCAAUUUAGACAGCUCGCCAAAGAUGACCGCCUUCGUACUCCUCAGCUCCUCAUGCUUCCUAAGCUUGAGUGCGACUUCAGAGCGCUCCGCCCGCCGGAAGCAGACUACGCGGAGCACCUGGCGCUGCCCGCCGGUGCCAUACACGAUCGCGCAAUCAUCAGCAGCGCUCUCGAUCGCUUGCUGAAGCUCCGUCACAAGAACGGCAGACUGGUGCUGAAGCUACGGACGCAAAGAGCACUGACCUCGGACAGUGGCACGAACCAACCCGACGGGAACCGUGCGCCCGAAGAGCAGCCAGACGACGAGCAGAGCGCUAAUCAGCAGCUCAUGCCGGUCCGAGAUUACUACCGUGUCGAGGCGGAAUUGCGCUUGAUGAAAGUCGAGAAUGCCACGCUCAAGGCAAAGCUGGAAGGAAGUGCCGCCCGGCCCGGUGCGACAUCACAUGCUUCGGGUGGCGCGGCAACUGCCUUCGAUCUCUCAGCUGAGACGCGACUGUCUGCUGCUCUGUCGGAUCUCGCACAGGCGCAGGCCUCAUCACACGAGAGCCAGCAGCUCGUCGCUGAUCUUCGGCGCCGCCUCGACGAGGCGCAGACGCACGGGCGCGAGCAGCAGGCCCGCGUGGAGAAGCUGCAAGCGCGACUCGUCAAAACGAAGAACAAGCACAAAGCGCAGAGGGACAAGUCCAGCACUGGCGAGCUAGCCGAAGGCUCGCCAAAGCCUGCCAAUUCGCCACCGGCGCCGUCGCGCGCGACGGCCGAAAGCUCAAGCUCAGCGCUGUUCCGUUCGGCCACUACGCUGCCGUCUCCGCCUCGGGCGGGCGCGUCUGGCACGAGCCAGCCGGCCAUCAAGCGCGAAGAGAUCGAGGAGAUGGAGGUCGACCAGCUGGCGGCAGAUAGCGAGCAUUCCGUCGAGCGAAGCACUCGUGCGGCGCGCACACCAGCAGCGCCUGCUCGUGCCGACAGCGCGGCGCCACCGAUCAGCGCGAAGCGCAAAGGCAAGGCCAAGGCGACUGAGGUCGUCGAAGUGAGCUCAGAUGCCGAGAGCGACGCGUCGUCUUCGUCAUCCGGAUCGGGCUCUGAAUCGCAAGCAUCUUCGCGACCGUCAGUACAAGCACAGGCAUCGGCGCAGCGCGGGCGGCCAGACGUCAUUGUCGUCGACGGCGCGGAGAGCUCGUCUCGCUCAUCGUCGGGUGCUCGUGCGCCCACAAGGAUCCUCCCACCGGUCGCGCCUCCGCGGCAGAGCGAGGCCGGCCCGGCGAGCUCAAGGAAGGCACGCAACCAGGACGCAGCACGAGAGAAGGCGCGCGAACUCGCGAACAAGGAGCGAGCAUCCGAGGAGAAGGCGCGUCUGCGCCGCGAGCGCAAAGCAGCGCAGGCACGCAUGCUUCUGGAAGAGCAGCGAGCCCGUGCCGCAGCCGAGGUCGCCGAGGCGCAGCGGCGCGCGGGUGCGCCUUCUUCGGCUGUCGAGUCGCAGCGCGCCGCCGAGAAGAGCGCCCACAAGGCAGCCAAGCGAGCGCGAAAGGAGAAGGAGCGUGCUGAUCGCGAGGAGAUGCUCGCAGCGCAAGCACGGCUUGCCGAGCGCCAAGCUCGCGUCGAUCGCGCGCCAGACCCGCCCGCUGUCACCUCUGCUGCCUCGACAUCGGCGCCGGCCAGCAAGAAGCGUCGGCGCGAGACGGAUAACGAGGACCAGCAAGCUCGCCCUGGCGGCAGUUCCCGCUCACGUCCGCGUCGCAGCGAUGCAAGUUCUGGCGACGCACGCUUCUCUGAGUGGCAGCGCGAUGUGGCCAUGCAGGGCGGCGCGGGAGAUGCAGCGUCGAACGACGACGACGAUGCAACGUCGAUGGAGCAGUUCCUCGAGUACCAGCGCUGGAAGCAGCGCAUGAAAGACUUGCGUCGUCAAAAGGACUCGCGCAUGGGUCGGCAGAGCGAUGCCGAGGAGGACGCGCCAGUGGCGGCAGCACAAUCGGGCUCGGGCGCUGCCUGGAACAGCACUCCGUCAACCCGCCGGCCGGCAGCGGCGCUGCCAGUGGGCAGCUCGACCGACUCGUCGUUCGCACGUCUAGAGUUGCAGCGCGCGGUGCCACUGCAGGCGGCGCAGAGUGGUGCUCCAAUGCCGCCCGUCGCACCUCCGGGUCCGGCCAGCAGGAAGCGAUGGACGCAGGAGGAGUUGCGAGCCCUCGAGGAUGCUUGUAAGGCGAACCUGAGCCGCCGUGACCUGCGAUACCAUCAAGAUCGCCAGGAGGCCGUGUACGAUGCGUUCUGCAACGCGACCGGCCCGCCAUUCCGCACGAUCAGCGGCGUGUGUCAGAAAGCGUACGAGAGCAUGUACUGGCCGCCGGACAAGCGUCCCAUUGGCCCGAAUAGCAGAGCGGGGCCGGCUCAGCCCAGCUCAGCCAGGCGUCGCGAGAGACGAGCAGACGCCAUCUAGCUGCCGGCUGCCUCAGCGGACGCAGUAAGACCAGGCGCCCAAUCGCAUCACUUGUAUCUUAGACCGGCGACCGUUCCUCAUCCGUCACCUAGGCCGCCCUACCAUCCAACUAAUUCAACGUUCAUCCCCGU